CUGAGCCAUGCCACAAGCUUGCAGAGUUACGCUACCGGUACAGUACGGUUGUCGUCACCAAUCUUGAUGAGAGUACCGCUUCAAAGAUCCCUUCUUUUUUCUUUUUGGUAUGGUACUGGUACCAUACCAUCGCUUCCGUUACCAGCACUAUCUUUAUCGAAUGAUGCCUUCCACUUCUUCUACUCUGCCUUCCUUUGUUCUUCCCUAACGCCUUAGUGGGUCGAUCCUUCACAAUGAUGAGAGCAGCAACAUUUUCUCUGUUUGUCUUGGCUUGCAUCCACCUUGGAUACAUUCUGGGUCCCACUAUGCUGCUGCCAACACGAUAUUGCGAGCUCUUUUUGGCAUCGUCAAUGCUGCUCAGUCUCUAUGCUCAUCGGUUCUUCUUUUCGAAUACAGACUGGCAAAUUUACUGCAUUUUUCUCCUUGUGCGCUGCUGCUCCCCGCAUUCAUAUCCCGUGUCUCAGGUUCUUUACGGCCUUACAUGGAUUUGGAAGCUAUAUCAAUUGGCCACCUUCCAGCCACCCCAACGGGUAGCUCAACUAGGUUGGAGGAGAGUUCUGGCCGAAUUCUCCGGUCCUCAGCUUUGGGUCAACGCUGCCACCUAUUUGAGUGUUUCAACCACAAAGGUCCCGCAAUGUCGUCGGAAAUACUCUGUGGGCCAACUCGAAUUGAAGCGUCCAACUUUUCGAAGUCGUCUGGCAGCCCUGCCGGCCCCGAUUGUGGUUCCUGCUGUCGACUGGAUUUACUGCUGGUACAACACUCCUUUGGUCAAUACCCUCAAGUUUCUGACCAUGGCGACUUGUCCUCGAACCAUGAAUGACGCUACUCAACAACAACCUUGGGGUCCUUUUCGUGGAACAAUCUACAGUGUUCAAAAGAAUGACGCUGAAAGCGAGGAAAUAGUAGAAACAAUACACAACAUGUUUUCGCCCAGGGAGCUUUAUCCCAACAUGAGGGCUUACUAUGAUUCAGCGAAUGACAAUGCUCUGCCUCAUACAAUCCAAUAUCUUCGCCUGGAAAAAGAGAAGUGGGUAGUGCAUGAAGGAGUAACCAAAACGAACCCGAACUACACUGAGCAUCUUCAAGCCUUGGAGAGAGCCCGGUUCCUGCACGAUUUUGCGGGCGUUCACCUGAUUGUCCACAUUUGGUUUGAAGAUUAUCUGGUCUGUGCCGAUCACUGCUUGCAUCCCGACGACGUCUUGCUGAGAAAGCAUUUUGUCAAUAUGGGGAGUACAAGCGGAUACCACGCCUCAUUGGGUCCCCUGUCAUUUGACCACGACUACAAUGGGGUGGGACGGUACUUUCGCAUACCGGAAUCUUCCUCUUAUCUUGAGGAAUUCGAUCUUUCGAAAACUCGACAUCUCAAUGCCAAUGUCCUCGAGCACAUGAAGGUCAACAUAACCUACAAUGCGCCAACGAUUGAAUCAUGUCAUGUCACUCAGCUGUACGGAGAGGCAUUUCAGAUGUUUGCAACGGAUUUGCUAAAGGACUGUCAGAGUCAACUGCCAUCGGAUAAAGGCGACCACAUCGCCGAGGGAAGAUCCAACAUGAUUGCUGAAAUCAAUGAACGUCACAACACAGAAAUUUCGACUAUGGAAGACUUGUUGGUCAACCAUUUGCUGCUGGUAUUGCAACACAGCUUGGUCCACGAGGGAGCCGUAUCACGUAUGGGUUCGGUUGACCAAGGGAACUACCAAACGGCCUUUCAUCCCGACAAUGGGUAUCACUACACUCUGGAGAGUGUUCUAGGCAACAAGCUACACCAUAGAUCGGCCUUGGUCAAGACCUUUUUGCCACCUUCUAAAAUGGAGUACGGGAUCCAGUGGUGAAUGCCCAAUGGUCCAUUUAUUGGAUGGUGCCAAAAACGGAACGACUGCGGCCUUGUGGAUCCUACUUCUAUUUGACGCUGCAGCGGGGGGUCCCAGCUAGCAAAUCAGUGGGGAGCCUUCGGGGUACGUGCACUCAAGACUUGCCAUUUCAUUGCGUUGAAACCAAACAAACGGGAAAGGCAGCGUGCUGGGAUACCGCUACAUAGCCGUAAAAUCUCCGAGGCACAUUGCCCAAGGAACCCGAAAGCACUGGUUGAAAGGCGUGGCGCUGGCAUACAAUAGAACCUGUACCAGGUACGACUGUACAGUCGUACCGUACCUUUACGGGUUAAAGGUAGGUACUGUACGGUCUCUAUUAUGAAAUAGUCUAACUCAAUUCAACUUUGAAAACUUAGAUUGGUUGGACCCAAGCCUGCGAAGCCGCUUUAGACUCAGUCUCUUUGGAGGGUUGUUACGGUAUCCGUGUUCACACCUCACGGUUAUGCUGCUAGCUCUGUU